AUGGGCAAUGAAGUGGAGUCUUAUCAAAAUGCUAGACAAGCUCAUCCUCUUCAAUGUGGAGAGUUGCCAUCCUCAACUAACUUCUCUUCUGGGCGGAGCUUGCAGCCUGGUGCCCAUGAGAUUAUCAGACUGUCAAUGUCGAGGAAGGAGGCCUGUGCGGCCCUGCUAGACCAGUGCCUACACUAUGUGCAGUCCAGGAGCCCCUGCAGUGCCCCCGAGAAGACUGCAGGCAACGUGAGCGUGGGGUUCUCCCCUCUCUGUCCGCCCUCCACAUCCACCACCUCUGGCCCCAGCCCGAGCCUCGUGAUCGAUGGGAGAAGUCUGGCCUACGCCCUUGAGAAAAACCUAGAGGACAAAUUUCUCUUUCUCGCUAAGCAGUGCCGGUCAGUCCUUUGCUGUCGCUCGACACCUCUGCAGAAGAGUAUGGUGGUGAAACUGGUCAGAAGCAAGCUCAAGGCCAUGACUCUGGCCAUAGGAGAUGGAGCCAAUGAUGUCAGCAUGAUCCAGGUGGCAGAUGUGGGUGUGGGAAUCUCAGGCCAGGAGGGCAUGCAGGCAGUGAUGGCCAGUGACUUUGCAGUGCCAAGAUUCCGAUACCUUGAGAGACUCUUAAUUGUUCACGGACAUUGGUGCUAUUCCCGACUUGCCAACAUGGUGCUGUACUUCUUCUACAAGAAUACAAUGUUCGUGGGCCUCCUGUUUUGGUUCCAGUUUUACUGUGGCUUCUCUGCAUCUGCCAUGAUUGACCAGUGGUAUCUGAUCUUCUUUAAUCUGCUCUUCUCGUCACUUCCCCAGCUCGUGACUGGGGUGCUGGACAAGGACGUGCCAGCUGACGUGCUGUUGACUGAACCACAGCUCUAUAAGAGUGGCCAGAACAUGGAGGAGUAUCGGCCACGCACGUUCUGGAUAAACAUGGCUGAUGCUGCCUUCCAGAGCCUGGUUUGUUUUUUCAUUCCUUACCUGGCCUGCUACGACUCAGACACAGAUGUGUUUACCUGGGGAACCCCCAUCACCGCCAUUGCACUGUUCACCUUCCUUCUGCACCUGGGUAUUGAAACCAAGACCUGGACCUGGCUCAACUGGAUAGCUUGCGGCUUCAGUAUCCUUCUGUUUUUCACUGUGGCUUUGAUUUACAAUGCUUCUUGUGCGACGUGUUAUCCUCCGUCCAACCCUUAUUGGACUAUGCAGACAUUAUUAGGCGACCCCGUGUUUUACUUGACUUGUCUCAUAGCACCUGUCGCUGCACUGCUUCCCAGAUUGUUUUUCAAAGCCAUGCAGGGGAGUCUUUUCCCCACCCAACUUCAACUGGGGCGCCAGCUGGCCAAGAGGUCCCCCAAGAAACUCAUUGCUCCCAAAGAGACCUUUGCUCAGGGACACCUCCCAGGAGAACCCAGAACUGAGUCAUCAGAACAGAAGAGCAUCAGUACCUCUAGACACCUCUCCCAGGACUGCACCUCACAGGCAUCUUGGCAUGUACAGCGACCAGCCUGCUCCCCAGAGGCUAGUGGGGAGCCCAGUGUGGUGGACAUGAAUGUGACUUUAAGGGAAAACAUUCUGCUGGAAGGACUGAGCAGUCAGGCUCCAGGGUCCUCCAUGCCAAGGGAGGCUAUCCUAGAAGGGUGUCCUGGGGACUCCAAGAUGAAACACACCAGCACCAGCAGGGCAGCCCCCCUGUCAUCCAUUUUCAACCUGCCCCGGUUCAGCUCCCUCAACUGGAUUUCCUCCCUCUCGCUGGUCAGUGGGCUGGGAAGUGUCUUACAGUUCUCUCGAAGUAGUUUACAGAUGGACAAGCAGGACAGUGAGUUCUUGCCCAGCCCACCCCAGCCAGACCAGGAUCUGUGUGGCUUAAGCGGGCAGGGCACUGACUACUUCUAGGAGCAUCUUCCAGGGACUGCAGUGGAUGGAAGUA